AUGUUUCAGCUGCCAAUCUUGAAUUUUAGUCCCCAGCAGGUAGCGGGGGUAUGCGAGACUUUGGAAGAGAGCGGAGACAUCGAGCGUCUCGGCCGAUUCCUGUGGUCUCUACCCGUUGCGCCCGCUGCCUGCGAAGUGCUUAACCGAAAUGAGUCCGUGCUGAGGGCUCGGGCGAUCGUAGCCUUUCACACUGGGAAUUUCCGUGAGCUUUAUCACAUUCUGGAGAACCACAAGUUCACCAAAGAGUCUCACUCCAAACUGCAAGCACUAUGGCUGGAGUCACACUAUCAGGAGGCAGAAAAGCUCCGAGGGCGCCCGUUAGGACCAGUGGACAAAUACCGGGUACGAAAGAAGUUUCCUCUGCCUAAAACUAUUUGGGAUGGAGAACAAAAGACACACUGCUUUAAAGAAAGGACCCGGCAUUUACUUCGAGAAUGGUAUCUCCAGGAUCCUUAUCCGAACCCAAGUAAAAAGAGAGAGCUUGCACAAGCUACUGGACUCACUCCCACUCAAGUGGGGAAUUGGUUUAAAAAUCGAAGACAAAGGGAUAGAGCGGCGGCAGCUAAAAACAGGUUACAACAGCAGGUGUUGUCAAAUGGCUCGCUUCGGUCCUUAACUGGAGAGGAUGGUGCUGUGGAUCGACUGGGAAACGCAUCCAGCCCUGAAGCGAGCCUGUCGAGCAAAGCCGCUGCUUCGGCUAUCUCCAUCACUUCAAGUGACAGCGAAUGUGACAUCUAA